CUUUUGUCUCAAAUUAAUCUUUGGCACGUGGAACUGUACAAAGUUAAUUAAAUUACAUGUUUUGUAUUUGAGAUAUUAUACAGAAAUAGGUUUAAAAGUUAUAAGGAUCCAGAGAUGUGGUAUUUUAUGAGAAUACUUAUAAGGAAAACGUUUCAGUACCUUUCGAUAAUUCACAGCAGGAAUCAAUUUCAAUUGAGUCUAAACUGGAAGUUAUCAAUUAAGUUAUCGCUGAUGAUCAAGCUGAAAAUGAUGAAGCAAGAAAUGGUAGUAGGAAUAAAUCCUUAGGUGAAAAAAAAAAAGACCAAAGCAUAUGGAACAAGAGUUAAGACGUGGUGCUUAAAGAUCUAGGAAAAUCAAAUUAGUCCCUGAUCAUAUACUCUACUAUGCAUCAAAAAAAGUAAGCGAGCCUUGCAAGCGCAAGUGCAAGAAACCUUAGCUUGUGAAUGUAGUGAUGGGUGGAAGAAUGCCAUAGAUGAAGAAAUGAAAUCAAUGAAGUGGACUUUCCUAAAGAUAGAAAAAUUAUUCAGUGUAAAUAGGUGUAUCGAAUACAAGAUGGUGUGAAUGAGGAAAAAAAGAUUCACAGCUCGUCUCGUUGCCAAGGGUCACACACAAAAACAUGUCGAGGAGUACUUAUACAGAGACAUUUUCUCCAGUGGUAUGAAAUUCAACCAUUCAUUAAUUUUUUACAUUGUCUGUAAAUUUCAAUUUAGAAACAGACCACAUGUUACUAGAGCCUUUUUAAAUAAUGACUUGAAUGAAAAGAUUUUCAUGACCGAACCAGAGGGAUAUAUGUCGGUAACAAAAAAAAAGAAUGUGGAACAAGAAAGUUGAACAAAUCCUGGUUGGUUUGGGAUUUCAAAAAUCUCAAUAUGUUGAAAUUUCUUUGACUUUUUCGAAUAAUGAUACAGAUACAGAGAAAGAUAAUUUAAAGAAUAUUUUGUCUAAAAAUGUAAAAAUUAAGGAUUUGGGUCUUAUCAAAAGUGGCUUGAGGUUAAUUAUAAAAUAUGAUAAGUGAAAUCAUGAUAAUAUGUAUUAGAAUUAAUCAAAUGGAUUAUAAUUUCAAACUGGGAGCUAACAAUAAAAAGGUCAACCUACUAGAUAAAAAUAUUCCAUAUCAGUAUUUAAUUAGGUCAUUAAUGUUUCUCGUAGUAAAUUCACAUCCUGGGUCAGUUUUGCUGUGAAAAUUGUUAUACAGAUGUUCAUUUUCAACAUGCAAAAUGAGUUUGACGUUAUCAAAAGGAGGGACUCUUGAGAGGCAGUUGGUUUUGAAUAAAGGUAAUGAUAAUAUUUGUGGAUAUUAGGGCGCAGAUUGAAGAAACGACAUUAAUGAUGAAAAAAAUGAAAAUCGGACAGUGAAUAUGGGUUUUAAAGUUGCAAGGGAUAUUUGUUGGGAGGCUAGAAAACAAAGUUGCAUGAGAUUAUCCAGCACUGAAGCAGAGUAUGUUUCCUAUCAUGGGCCACAAAACAGGCUAUUUCUUAGCUAUAUUUUAAAUGAGCUUCUGGGUUUGGAAGAUGCAAUUUCGAUUCCUGAUGAUGAAUCAAAGUGCCCAGAAAUUGGUAGAUGCAGUUGGAUUGGCGAUAUUGAGUUAAAUUAUAUGACACCGGAUAAAGCGAUAGCUGAUAUUUUCACUAAAAGUUUGCAUGGACCAAAACAAAAUAAACGUGUGAAAUAUUUAGACUUAGAAUAGGUACAUAGAUUAUUUAGGUACCUAUUGCUGGAUUGAGGGAGGCUGUUGGAGAUGUUUUAAUCUAGAAUGGCCUGCUAAUAUGGUGAAUUUAAAGUACCCAAGACAGGUUCCUGUUCUAUAUCUAAAAACAGACAAAAGGGCCUGCAGACGCGUCAUAAACUAAGGGAUGAAGACGGAAGGUAACCGAGGAGUAUCAGAUGAGCACGAACCCUUCAUCGAUCAUCACGAAUUACUUCUGCUUACAAAAUAAGAUCUUUCUGUGUAGUUUUUGCUAAAUACAGUUCGUUUUGUUGAAUAA